UUUACAAGUCAACCACUACCUGCUUUCCUCUGCUCCUGCACGCCCGCGGCCAUGGCGAAUCCGGAGGCCAGCAAGCCGCCGGGACCCGACGAGGCGGCGCCGGAGCGGCGAGCUGACGGGACGGCGCGCAAGGACGGCGCCGGCAACCCCCCUCCCCCGCCGUUCUUGGAGGUGACCUGCAGGAGCUCCGGCGAGGUGCGGCGGUUCGCGGCCGGGACGACCGCCCGGUACGCGCUGCACGCGGUGAACCGCAAGCUGGCCCCCGGCGCCCCGGCGGCGUUGCACGUGGAGGCGGCCAAGGAGGGCGAGGAGCCGGUGUGCUUCGGCCCCACCGCGCCCCUCGCCGACUACGGCCGCGGCUGGCGCCUCCAGACCGUCACCGAGCAGGACGCGCCGGACGCCCAUCACCACGCGCCGCCGCCCGGAGACGGGGGGAAGGGGGCUCGCGAGAGGGAACUGCUGAGGAAGAAGGGCGCCUCCCUGUACCUCGCCAAGAUCGGGCUCGCCUUCGUCUUCCUCUUCCUGCUCGGCGGGCUCUUCACCUACCUGCUCGAGACCAUCCCCGACAUGAUCCUCGCCUCCACUCCUCCUCAGUCCAUUUAGCAGGAUUUUCGAUCCAUUCUGUCAUCUUUGGGAGAGGAAUUGUGUUCUUGUGAACCUUGUAUCAAAAACCACCAGCUGAUCAAACAAUUCCCGUUGCACGUUCGGAACAACAACAACGCCAUGACGAAGGAAUUCGUCUUCUGUACAAUUUUCUUGAGUGAUUCUUAAUCCGCAUUGCAAAGUCCAAUUUGGCGCCCUCAUCUUCA